AGUGGUGCAAGCGAGAGGCACUGAGCUACCUUGGGCAGCCUGGGAGCUGGGAAAUCAGUCCAAGCCAGAGUGGACCCACCCUGGGAGCUGGGUUAGCAGGUGCCCUGAUAUUCCAGGUCUCAGCCUUAAAAAAAAAAAAUUGAAGGACAGCACAUUAAAGUGGUCAGGGCACUGCUGGGAGGAAAAAGGGGGCGAAGGGACAAGCUCACGGCCAUGGCUGCAAAACCCCUCUGCAGAGUGGAGCAAACUGCAGUGAGGCCCAGCUCGGGCAGGCUCCUGGCAUGGAGCUCACCGGCCUUCAGGCUACACAGGUGCCCCCUGCACCGCACUGUCUUGCUGCUGCUGCUCCUGUGCCCCGAGCUGCCCAGAGGUCAUAAUCUGAAGCCAUCCUUGCCCCCCAUUGUGACAGACCGGCCCUUUCUGGUGGCCUGGAAUGCACCAACGGCUCGGUGCUGGACUUCCUAUGAGGUGCCCCUCAGUGUGGCCUCCUUCAGCCUCCUGGCGAACGCGCAGGAAGACUUCACAGGUGGGAACAUCACCAUCUUCUACUAUGAUCAGCUGGGUCUGUACCCCUACUACCUGAACAAAACCACGCCGCCCGUAGCCAUCAACGGCGGCUGCCCACAGAACGCCAGCCUGCUGGACCACCUGGACAAGAUGGCCAGCGACAUCGCCACCACCAUGCCCUCAGCUUCCUUCGCUGGCCUGUCUGUGAUCGACUGGGAGAACUGGAGGCCCCAGUGGAUCCGGAACUGGGACAAGAAGAACGUCUACCGGACCAUGUCCGCCCAGCUGGUAAGGCAAAGGAACCCGCACUGGCCCGAUGAGCAGGUGGAGCUGGAGGCCAAGUGGGAGUUCGAGACGGCUGCGGCCAAGUUCAUGGUGGAGACCCUCAAGCUGGCACAGUUGCUGCGCCCUGGGGGCUGGUGGGGCUACUACCUCUUCCCUGAAUGCUACAACUAUCAUUACUGGGAUGACUUUGAGAACUUCACUGGGGGCUGCCCCCAGGUGGAGGUGCAGCGCAACAACAAGCUGCUGUGGCUGUGGGAGCAGAGCAAGGCGCUCUACCCCUCCAUCUACAUGGAGGAGGUGCUGAGAGCCUCCCCGCAGGGCAAGAAGUUUGUGCAGGCCAAGCUAAGCGAAGCUCUGCGCGUGGCUCAGCUGCCCUCCGUCAACCACUCCCUGCCUGUCUUCGCGUAUGCCCGGCCCUUCUACAGCUACACCCUGAAGGAGCUAACCCAGACAGACCUAGUGCACACGAUCGGGCAGGCAGCAGCCAUGGGGGCUCACGGCAUCGUUCUCUGGGGAGGUGUCGAAUAUUCUCGCAACCGGGUAAUAAAGGCUACUCAUGGAGUUACCAGUGGUUGUUUGCCCCAACUGUGUAAAGAUCCAGAAAUACCUGACUGGCACCUUAGGCCCUUACAUCGUCAAUGUGACCACGGCAACCAAACUCUGCAGCCAGUUUGUCUGCAACAACCAUGGCCGCUGCCUUCGCAGAAAGAUGGAUUUGGACAGCUACCUGCACCUGGACGCGAGCUCCUUCCAGAUCCGAGUGGACAAAGCCGCCCAUGGACCACGCGUGUCCGUGAAAGGAGCCCUCACCACCCAGCAGAGGGACAGGAUGAGACAAGAGUUCACAUGUCACUGCUACCAGGGCUGGAGGGGGGAACACUGCCAUUCCCGGGGUCACAGCAACCAGCUCUGGGCAUGGGACUUGUGCAUCCCCCUGGUGGUGAUGUCUGCAAUAUGGACGUGGGGCAUGUGACCCACUUUUGCAACAAAUUAUUUUCAAUGUGAAUUUGUGAAGCCUGUGAUGUGACGUGAACCCCGGAAAAAGGAAUGACAAGGAAGGAGGAAAACCAGCAGCAGGUUCUGUGCGUUGGCAAGAGAUCUGGAAAGUUUCCAGACAUUUGUGAAUCCCACCAGCUCCCAUGACCCCCGGUACAUGACCCCUCCCUGCCCAACGGGAGUCACGCAGUGUGGAUUUUUCCCAGCUUUCUUUGCAAUAUUUGUAGGGUGCUAUUACAUUCCUCACUUAGUUCAGUGACUUUCUACAGCACAGAAGCAGCUUUAAAAAUAUGUAUGGUGCAAAUUUUCCUGAAUCCCAGCCAGACAAAGGACAGUUUUCUAUUACUCCUUUUUAAAAUAUCACACUGGUCAGGAUUAGCUGUUUACAAUAGAGUUACCAAUGGCCACACUCUUGCCUCUUCAAGAACCAUAAACAUUUAAAGUCCUUCUUAUUUAUAUGCAGAGUGGACUUAUCCUACUCAGAUUGUUUUUAGGUGCCUUCCCAAUGUGACCGGUGCUAUUUUAACUCCUGGAUGUGUGUGUGGUGUUGCAUUCCCUCUCUUUGUUAAGAGUCUGGGUUGAUUAUUUUUAAUUAAAUAUUUUCCAUGUGAA